UUGGCACUACUGUAUGAGUGACAGAAGGAGCGAAGAAGAAAAGAGAAUAAAAAUAAGAGAAAAGAACAGCCUCACCUCACCAGUCACCACAAAUAUUCGAUCGAUCAAGGGGUUAGGGGCAGGUUGCGCGGAAGGAAGAGCAUGGAUUGCGGUGCAGGUCCGAGUCUGUUUCCGCUGCAUCGUUGCAAAACCAUUCACCUGGUUGGUGAGGCACGCGCAGGGGAUCCACAAUGUAGAGGGAGACAAGAACUACAAAGCUUAUAUGAACCCCCUUUACUUCGAUGCUCAUCUUACUCCCUUGGGAUGGCAACAGGUUGACAAUUUGCGUAAGCAUGUUCGUGCCUCUGGCCUUAUAAAUAGGAUCGAUCUCGUCGUUGCGUCUCCUUUGUUGAGGACUCUACAAACAGCUGUUGGAGUAUUUGGCGGUGAGGGCUACACUGAUAAAACAGAUGUGCUUCCUCUUAUGCUGGCAAAUGCUGGAAAUAGCUGUCGUGCUGCAAUUUCAAGUCUAAAUUGCCCACCAAUUGUUGCUGUUGAACUUUGUCGUGAACAUUUGGGAGUUCAUCCCUGUGACAGAAGAAGAAGUGUUAGCGAGUAUCAGUUUCUUUUUCCUGCUGUUGAUUUUUCGCUGAUAGAUAGUGACGAGGAUUCUUGGUGGAAGGCCAAUGUUAGAGAGACAAAGGAAGAACUUGCAGCUAGGGGGCUGAAGUUCCUAAACUGGUUGUGGACACGGAAAGAGAAGGAGAUAGCAAUUGUGACACAUAGUGGAUUCUUGUUUCAUACACUUAAUGCAUUUGGAAGUGAUUGCCACCCCUUGGUAAAGAAAGAAAUAUCCAAACAUUUUGCCAAUUGUGAGCUUCGCUCCAUGGUCAUUGUGGAUAGAAGUAUGAUAGGAUCGGGGGUAUCAGCUACUAACUAUCCAGGCAAGAUACCUUCAGGGCUGGACCUGCCUAGUGAUGUUGCCGAUGAGAACUCUGAGAAAUAGGGGUUCGUUCUUCUGCUUGUUGUAUGUUUAGUUUCAUUUAAACAUUGAACUGCUGGGACAUGAUCAUUACUAUCUGAAGAUUAUGACUCUCUCAAAUUCUAACUCGAUUAUUUCAGAUU